AUGUCAUUUCGAGUUUCUAGGUGGGAAGCACGUCCCAUUGAUCCCCAAGAUGUGAUCCAAGAGGAAGAUGAGGAGUUAGCUGAUGAAACCAAGACAGAGAAAACGUCAUGGCCUAACUGGACUCUUCAACUGUUAACAUCAUCACCUUAUGAUAUAUAUUUAAUGUUGAAUGAAAACAUUGAAGUUAUAGAUUGGAAUAAAAAAGCUAAGACUCUUGCGUGGCCUUUGGGUAGUGCUAUGACAUUUUUAUUCUUUUCUGUUAGGUUAUUACAAGACAAUUUGAUCAAACCAAAUUAUCAUAAAAUAAACAGAUCUACGGAUGGUUUUGAUUUUUCGAGAUCUGCCAAACUUCGAGAAUAUGAUUAUUUUGUUAAAUAUCGCCAACCACUAUCCUGGAGUUCUGGUAGUUGGCGGUCCAAUACUCUUGGGACUCUGGAUAAGGGUUUAAAGGUUACAAUAGUGUUUUUAUUUCUUUUGAAUGUUACAAUCACAUAUAAAUUUCUAUUUGGUUAUUUUCAAAUAUAUUCCAUGUUUUAUUUCAAGAAGCGACCCAAUUGUAAUAAUGUGACUAAAAGGUCACUACAUGACCUAGCGUAUCGCUAUGCGGAAGACGUUUCAAGAGAUUCACUUUGGUCUAUGAUAAAAUAUGUCUUUUUUCAGAGGAAAAAAAAGCCUGUCGAAGAAAUAAGCGAGGACUAUUACUUUGAAAUACGGAAGUGGUGCCCUAGCAUAUUUCUAACUGCAUUAUUCACUUCAUUUUCUCCCAUUUCUGUCACCUUUUUGAUAUUUUCCGAUGUUUCCUUCGUAACGUCUUUACCGUUGCUGCUGCAUCAGUAUCUUUUUUGGUAUAUUAUAUUUGACCGUUACGAAAAUCGAAUAAUGGACGAACAAGCUAUUUUUAGCGGUACAGCAGCGGAGAUCAAUGAUAAAGUGAUGAAACCCAAGUUUUCGAUAAAAAUCCAAGAUGCAAUGGUUGAUGCUACCACUUCUGGGUGUGAUUUUGUUCAAUUUUAUCCAUCUUAUACUACUACCCGCUCUCAGAUCUUUACUACCCAUUCCUUAAAAGGUGACUUAAUUAAGGAAAAGUUCAAUUAUGACAGCCAACGUUUUGAGGACACUUUUAUGGGGGAUUAUUCAGAUAAUAUAAUUAAACCGUUAAGAAAUGAAAGAAUUUAUAGUGGAUUUCUACAACAUUCCCAUAAGAUGCUUAACGGCGCUGCAAUUGGUGCUUUGAAUUCGAGUAGGCAUCCUAACUAUACCCGUUAUGGAACUCCGUCACCAAAACAUUGCACUAUUUCUCACCUUCCUUCUGCAACAUCUGCACCAACAACCCCUCAACUAAAAUAUGAGACUAAUAUUAAUACUAGUGUUGAUUAUUCCAAUGGAGGCAACAUGUCCAGAGGGAAUAUUUCCUAUAAUGACUGCGCUAAGGCAGAUUUUAGAAUCGAAAUAAAGAGAAGGAAUUCUUCUAGCCCCUUAAAAAAAUACUUAAAUAAUCCAAGUGAAAUUCAUCACGAGGAAAACGUUACGCAGUUUAGUGUGCAUUCUCCUGAGGUAGGUAGUCUGAGAUCAGAUGAUUUGAGAAAACGCGGAAGGAGUCCUGAUAUACAGUCGGCUCCCCUUAGAUCGUCAAUGGGAAAUCUAAGUCGCGUAUCAUCAAGAAACAGUAGUGUAAGUCCGUCCAAAUUACUCCGGCAUAGUUCUGUGGAUAAUAGACCACCUUUCAGAUAG